CUUUCAAUAAGUAAACAUUAAGAGCUUCGGUCACACCGCUCCACACGUGCAAUAUUUACGAAAUAUGCGCAAUCUUAAGCUGCAAUAUUGCAAGGAGCUGGACACCGAUGUAGCCGAGGCGAGGCAACUGCUGCUGCAGCCGGAGUUCAACGGCGAAGCCUCCGACACAGUCUUCAUCGUAACAGACAGCCAACUCUACAGCAGUGAUGCGAGGUCCAAAGUGAUCGCCGAUCUGCCGGAUAUCGUGGGAGCAGAGUUCCUCCAGCUGGACAACGUUAUAUGCCUGGCAAGCGGGGCAGGAGAGGUGCUGCUGGUCAAUCCCGAGACUGGAGCGACCACUGAGGGCACCUACUGCGAUGUGGGAAUAGAAAGAAUGGCCUGGUCCCCCAACCAGGAGGUAGUGGCGUUCGUCACCAGAACGCACAAUGUUGUGCUCAUGACGAGCACUUUCGACGUGAUCGCCGAACAGCCACUAGAUGCGGAGCUCUCAGAGGAUCAACAGUUUGUCAACGUGGGUUGGGGCAAAAAGGAGACCCAAUUUCAUGGUUCUGAGGGGAAACAGGCUGCCAAGCAGGCUGGAGGAGAUCAGGGAGCCAGUCAGGAUUGGGAGCUACUAAAUAAGGACAUUCAAAUUGCAUGGCGUGGAGAUGGAGCCUUGUUUGUGGUUUCCUUCGUGGCCGCCCAGGUUGGUCGCACCUUCAAGGUCUAUGACAUAGACGGCAAGCUGCAGCACACGGCCGAAAAGAGCGCCAAUUUGCAGGAGGCGCUAGCCUGGAGGCCAGCUGGCAAUUGGAUAGCCCUGCCCCAGAGAUUCCCCAACAAAUCUACGAUAGCUCUGUUCGAGAAGAACGGACUAAGGCAUCGGGAAAUAGUCCUCCCCUUCGAUCUGCAGGAGGAGCCGGUGGUCCAGCUACGCUGGAGUGAGGACUCUGACAUCCUGGCCAUCAGAACAGCUGCCAAAGACGAGGAAAGGGUAUACUUGUACACCAUAGGCAACUACCAUUGGUACCUGAAGCAGGUGCUCACCUUUGGCCCAGAGGAUCCUCUGGCACUCUUGCAAUGGGACACAAGAAUGGGAGCGGAACACACGCUGCACAUUCUCCGAAAAAGCGGCAAGCACCUGGUCUACCGCUGGGCCUUCGCCAUUGACCGUCUGAAGAACAGUGGUAUCGUGGGCGUCAUCGACGGAAAGCGGCUGCUGCUCACGGAUUUCUCCAAGGUUGUCGUUCCCCCGCCCAUGAGCCAGCGCGUACUGCAGUUGGAGGAGAAUGUGAACGCCAUCAGCUGGAACGAUGGCUGCCUAUGUGUGUAUACCAGCGACAGGAAGCUUCAUUUCUACGAUCCAAUUCGACAGUUGGUUGGAAAGGAGCCCCAAGCAUUCCAACUAGGACCCGACGCGGAGCUGUCCAAACUGCCUCUGGCCAAUCUCACUUACUUCAACUGUGAUUACCUAAUUGCCACGCACAGCUCCGGCGACUCUACCACACUGCUGCUGAUAAACAAGGAGCCUGACGAGGACGAGGUCAACGAGCAAGGAGUACCAUGCUACAAGCUUCAGAGCUCCCUGCGAAUCAAUGGCCUGGUGAACGCACUUGCCGUUGGGGAGUUCGACAAGUUCUACGUUCAGACGGUGAAGAACGGGCACAGCUAUGAGAUCGACUUGACGACGUUCAACACCUUCAAAGUGGAGCGGACGCAUGUGCAGCUGACCCAGCCAGCGGAUCAGAUCGAAUGGUUCUACCUCAACAGUGAAUCAACAGGCGGUCUCAUCACUCUACGCUCUCAGCAACUGCUCCACAUUGAUGGCCAGCGCAUCGCCGAGGACGUAACAUCUUUCUGUGUGGUGGGCAACUACCUGGCCUACACCCAGUUGAAUGCAUUGCACUUCGUCCGCCUGCGGGAUAGACGCCAAAUGGCUAGCAGGAAUAUAGAGCGUGGCGGCAAGCUGGUAACUGCCGUGGCUAAAGAGGCUCGGGUGGUGCUCCAGCUGCCGCGCGGAAACUUGGAGGCUAUCUGCCCCCGGGUCCUUGCUUUGGAAUUGGUUGGGGAUCUGCUGAAGAGGAAGGAGUACCUGGCUGCCAUGGAAAUGCUUCGCAAACAGCGAAUAAAUCUGAACAUUAUCUGCGACCAUAAUGUGAAGCAGUUCGUGGCCACCGUUGAUGUCUUCCUGCGACAAAUCAAGAACAGUCAGUGGCUGUGCCUGUUCCUCAGUGAACUGCAAAACGAGGACUACUCCAAGGGCAUGUACUCCAGUAACUAUGAAGUCGGAAAGCAGAGCUAUCCAGAGGACUACCGCGUCGAAAACAAGAUCGAGUACCUAUGCAGGCUGCUGGGAGAGCGCAUGGAGCUGGCCACGGAUCCGUCAGAUAUAGAGCGAUUCCGCCUGCCCCUGAUCACGGCCCACGUCAAGCUGGGCCACAUGGAGCAGGCUCUGCAGCUCAUCUGGAGGGAAAAACAGUCGGAUGCCGCAUUGGCGGACCAGAUGCUGAAGUACCUCUUGUAUCUGGUGGAUGUCAACGAUCUGUACAAUGUUGCCCUGGGAACCUACGACUUUGGACUCGUUUUGUUCGUAGCCCAGAAAUCCCAGAAGGAUCCGAAGGAAUUCCUUCCGUAUCUGAACGAACUAAAGGCCCUGCCCGUCGACUAUCGCAAGUUUCGUAUCGAUGAUCACCUCAAGAAGUAUGCUUCGGCCUUAUCCCAUCUCGCUGACUGCGGGGAGGAGCACUACGAAGAGGCGUUGGAGUUCAUUAAGAAGCACGAGCUAUAUACUGCGGGGUUAAAGUGCUACAAGGGGCAAGAGGACUUCCACAGGAGCAUAUGCGUAGCCUAUGCGGAUCACUUAAGGGCUAAUGCCAGAUUGGAGAACGCUAGUCUCAUGUAUGAGCGAGGUGGGCAGCUGCAGCAGGCGCUCCUCAGUGCCAAGCAUACUCUAGACUGGCAGCGUGUUCUGGUCCUGGCCAAGAAGCUGAAUGAGCCCCUCGACCAAGUCGCCUUGUCGCUGGUGGGUCCACUUCAGCAGCAGGGCCGCCACUUGGAGGCAUAUGAGCUGGUCAAGGAGCACGGUGGAGACCGGCAGAAGCAACUGGAGGUGCUCCUCGAAGGACAUCUCUACGGCAGGGCAAUUUAUGAAGCGGGACUGCAGGAUGAAAGCCUUUUAUCCGAGAAGAUAGCUCCAGCUCUUUUGGGCUUCGGAGCUCAGUUGCAAACCUCCCUUCAGGCCGACCUACAGCUCUUCUUGGACUACAAGCAGCGACUCCUGGACAUUCGACAGAAACAAGCUGCUUCAGGCGGUGCGGAAAACGAUGCGGAUAUGGACAUUGAGGAAGCGGAUUUGCUGUCGGACACCACCAGUCUCCAUUCCUCGCGUUUCAGCGGCACUUCGCGCGGCACAGGCAAGACAUUCCGCUCGAGCAAAAACCGACGCAAGCACGAACGCAAGCUCCUUAGCCUGAAGCCAGGCAACCCCUUCGAAGACAUCGCGCUCAUCGAUGCGCUGCACAACCACGUCACGAAGAUCGCCCAACAGCAACAGCCUGUGCGUGACACAUGCAAAGCGCUGCUCCAGAUCACCGGAUCUGCCACCAGCUCAUCCACUACUUCAACCAUAGACGGGGACUCGUUGGCGGCCUCACUGCAGCUGGAAUUUAAGACACUGCUGAAGGCUGUGGAGGCGGCGUUGGACGAGAUCUGGAUACCGGAGCUCGUGGGCAGCGGAGCGGCAGCUCAGCAUCUGACGGGACCCAAUGUGGACUACUUGGCGCUGCAAAAGGAACAGCGCUAUGCUUUGAUAAGUCCCCUGAAGCGCUUCAAGCCCCAACUGAAUCUGAUCGACUGGCAGCACGAGAUCCUCCAAUGAGUCACCCGCACUGGUCAGUGAGUUGGUGGAUUUGCGUGCAAACUUCUCCGCACGUCGCCCUGCUUCUACGCCCACCCUUCUACCGCAUACUUUCACUGCUCCGAAAAUAAAUGUAGCAUUGAAUCGCAACAAAAAAUAAA